CAAAACGAAGAGCAAGGUGCUAUUUUAAGUUUUCAAGGAGCGUUAGAAAAAGCACUGUUCAACAUCAAAGCUGCUAUUUCUUCUUCUUCUUCUUCUCUCUACGCAUCGUUUUGGGUCUCUCCAUUACUGAUACACACCCUCUCGGCGUGCCUUAUCCAAGAGAGGUCCUGUUUUUGAGCAGAUUGAUUGUUUGGAAGGAGAUGUAUAUGGGUGAGAUGAGGUGGGUGAGACGACAUUAUAAAUGCAACUAAAUGACAUUUAUGUCACCUAAUCAGUGUUUACCUAUGAAAUGCUAUGUCCCGUUCUUUGUGGUGGUAUAAUGGAAGACUGAGGAGCUGAGGACAUCAAAUUUCAUAUAUUUCUUGUACACAUGGAUCGAAGGCUCUCAACAGAUGUCAAGGAGGGUGAGAAUGGCAAUUACACCCUCAUUAGAGAUGUGGAGGAUAACCAAUUGGGAAUGUUUGACCAACCGCUGCCUUGCUUUGGUUGUGGAAUAGGAUGGUUUUCUCUUUUGCUUGGAUUUGUAUUCCCACUGAUGUGGUACUAUGCAACAAUUCUUUACUUUGGGAACUACUACCACAAGGAUCCUAGGGAACGAGCUGGACUCGCUGCUAAUGCAAUAGCUGCUUUGAUACUUACAAUAUCAGUGCUGAUCGCAGUAGCAGCCAUUCUGCUCUAGUGCUAGUUCCCGCGGUUCUGGUGAUCCUACCUCUCACAUGAACUAGGAUCCGCUCUUCGCACCUCUCAUAUGACCGGCCUCGAGCAAAAGUCCGAGUGGAUCCUUUUGUAGAUAAAGCAGCCAUCUCAUACUCUUAACAGGGCACAACUGAAGAAGAAUGUUUGUUUAGAGGUUCAUAAAUAUUAGAAAGCACUUGUUCUUGGCUCCCUAUUUAGCAGUGUGGACAAAUUCCAACUUGUACCAAGAACUUGUGACGUACGCCUUGUCAUUAGGGUAUUUUAGUAUUUAUGUAGCAGUAAUUCGUGUGUGAAAUGGUAGAUAUUGCUUCAUCCAGUAACGAUUUUCAUUUGUUUUCGAAGAAUUUUUCAUACUAAAUUUUCAAGAGUUGGUUGAUUAGUUAAA